CCGCUUCGAGUGCGCAAGCCCCUAACUCUGGUGCCAGCGCGAGCCGCGGCGACAUUGCCAUGUCAUUGUUAUCGGAAAUGCCGACGCUCGAUCCCCAUUGCAUCCCGAGCCGUCAUGUCCCCCAAGGUCCUCAUCUGUGGUCGCCUCCGCUGGGCGUCUGAAGACGCGAAGCAACUCUUCGGAGAUCUAGCAGAGAUCAUCGAAUUUGACUCGCCUGACCGCGCAGACUUCCUCAAGGGCUUUCAGCCUGGAGGCAAGUACGAUGGCGUUGUAGCCAUGUACCGAUCCAAUGGCUCUGCCAACAAGAUCGGCGUCUUCGACAAGGAGUUGAUAAACGGCCUACGCGGUGUGCAAUGGAUAGCACACAAUGGCGCAGGCUACGACCAGAUCGACGUUCAGGCCUGCAUAGCGAAGAACAUUCGCGUCUCCAACACCCCCGGCGCCGUCGAUGAAGCGACCGCUACCACCGCCCUCUACCUCCUCAUCUCCUGCCUCCGCCAAUUCUCCCUCGGCGAGCACACCCUGCGAGCCGGCGCCUGGAAGCCCGCCGUCGCGCACGCCACGCGCGACCUCUCCUGCGUCACCGUCGGCAUCCUUGGGCUCGGCGGCAUCGGGCUCUACUUCGCCAACCUCCUGCGGCCCUUCGGCACGAAGGUUGUGUACCACAACCGCAAGCGGAAUCCGGAGGCGCCGGAGUGGAUCGAGUAUGUGGAGGAUAGGGAUGCUUUUUUGGGGCAGGUGGAUGUGCUGAGUGUGCAUGUGCCGUUGAAUGAGAAGACGGAGGGGUUGGUGGGGGAGAAGAUGAUUAGGUCGUUGAGGAAGGGGGCGGUGAUCGUCAAUACGGCGAGGGGGAAGGUCAUCGACGAAGCCGCGAUGAUACGCGCAUUAGAGGACGGUCAUCUCGCAUCCGUGGGCCUCGACGUCUUCCCCGACGAGCCCAACGUGAAUCCAAGAUGGAAUGACUUCCACAACGUCUGCCUGCUCCCGCACAUGGGCACCGAGACGCGCGAUUCCCAACAUCGCAUGGAAGUCCGCGCGCUUACGAACGUCCGCGAUUUCCUGGUGAAGGGCGCGGGAGGGGAUUUGGUGCCAGAAAUGAGGGGCUGAGCAAGGUGAGGGGAGUUGGCGCGAUGGACGAGGUUGAUGAAGAAGGAAGCAGCAUAUGUAAGUCUGUAAUAGAAGGAUCAGUAGAACGCUGAUAGAGCGGGUCUCAUGACGGUCUAUACCUUCUAUGCUUGCCACCAUGAGGCACGGCAAGGACGCAUCGAUACAUGAGGUCGCCGCGCGUCUAUAGAGCGCCCUAGUAGAGUGUAGCUUGCUAGAAGAACACCCUAC